AUGGCGGCUCCGUCCCCCCGCAAUCUGUCAGCCCAGCAGCUGGCAGAUAUCUCGCCGAUUGGUACCGCAGUACUUAAUUCGCGAGAUGAGAUCCUAUUCUUGAACCGCCGUUUCAGGGAGCUGAUGACCUGCCAAUCGCGCAGGGCGUUCGACGGUUGGUCCCAAUCCAUUGCCCGGGGCGACUAUGACCGGGUGGCAGCGGUAUACGACAACGCGCUGAAGGCCAACAAAGCGCUGCGUAUCGAAUAUCGUACGUGCGACGAGCCAUGUCAAUGGCGCCUCCUCAUGCUAACGCCGUUUGGCGAGGAAGAACUGCGCGGACUGCCCCUCGGCCCCGGCGGGGGUUCCUACUGCACGAUCACGGAUAUCACCGAAGAGAAGCGAGCGGAGAUCUCACAGAAGAAGAUCGCCGAAGAGGCACAACGGCGGAAGGAACAACAAGAACGCUUCAUCGAUAUGAUCAGCCACGAAGUCCGGAAUCCGCUUUCCGCCAUUCUGCAUUGCACCGAAGACAUCUUAGAAGCCGUGCAGCAGAAGGACCGACGGAACAUCCGGGUGGAGGACAUUGCCCAAGCGGCAGAAACCAUCAGUCUUUGUGUUGCACAUCAAAAAAAGAUCGUCGACGACGUGCUGACUUUUUCGAAGUUAGACGCAGAAAUGUUCACCUUACUGCCGCAGCGCGUUCAGCCACGACAGCAUCUAGCCAUGUCGUUGAUGAUGUUUCGGCCGGAGCUGCGGAAACAUAACAUCGACUUCGAGUACAAGCUGGACCACUCCUACGCCGACUGUGGAGUCGACUGGGUCGUCGCUGAUCUCGACCGCAUGAGUCAAGUUCUUGUGAAUCUCGUCUGUAAUGCGAUCAAAUUCACGGCCAAGGCGGGCGACGAGAAGAAGAUCUCCGUGUUCAUGGGUGCCUCCAAGGUGCGCCCGACGUCCUACCCACCCAACGUAGUUUUCUUCAGCUCAGAUGAAUCGGCUCUGCGGCUCAAUGCGACGAACCGAAUUUGGCCGAAGAAGAUGUAG